GUGGUUAGCACGUUCGCCUCACACCUCCAGAGUCCGGGGUUCAAGUUCCACAGUGGCCCUGUGUGUGUGUGGAGUUUGCAUGUCCUCCCCGUUCUUCCUCCGGGUACUCCGGUUUCCUCCCCCAGUCCAAACACAUGCAUGGUAGACUGAUUGGCGUGUCCAAAGUGUCCGUAGUGUAUGAAUGGGUGUGUGAGUGUGUAUGUGAUUGUGCCCUGCGAUGGAUCGGCACCCUGUCCAGGGUGUACCCCGCCCUGUGCCCGAUGCUCCCUGGGAUAGGCUCCAGGUUCCCCGUGACCCUGAAAAGGAGUAAGCGGUAUAGAAGAUGGAUGGAUGGGAAAAAAAAUUAUUUAUUAGACAGCAUCUAAAUUAAUAUAUCAUUUAAUUUUAAGUUACAAGGAAAAAAGACAGAAAAUUGAAAAGAAUCUAGGUGUGUAUAAAUAAUUUAUGCAUGAAUGUGUUAAAUUGUGGCGCGUGACGGGGGGCCAAUCUCAAAUGGUUCUCAUUGCCAUUAUAGGCGCACUAUGUAGUGUAUAAAUUAGUUGAUUUUGCAGUCUAUCUAGGCUCUUAAUGGCUUUGUAUGAGCUUAUUAUUUGAGUGUGUGAGUGAGCGCAUGCGCAAUGUUACCGCGUGCCGUUUGGUGGCGCAACUGAGGGGGCAAAACACGGAAGAGUUCAUUCAGAGUGUGUGUGAGUGUGUGUGAGCACCAAAAUCUCGUCUAGUAGACAGAAUUCCCAAGUCCUAUACGGACGAGCUCCUGCUUUUUAUUUUUUUAUUUAUUUUUUAAAAAUUUUCCCCUCAGGAACAUGUUCCAGUAAAGUUUCUCCAAAUGCGCGUUGGCACUUUUUCCGCGUCUCCCGGUGGCCUGAAGUUGAAAUGUUCGCCGAAAAAUCAUUUUAUGGACUGGUUUUCGUGUGUGUAACAGUUUACCCGCUUACACUCGCCGAGAAACCCGAGGAUGGUUGUGGCCAGUCAGAUCUGGGUCCACAGAGUGGUCUCCUGUCCUCGAAGAACUAUCCGGACGAGUACCCCAACAACUCGUCGUGUGAGUGGAAGAUCGGCGUCCACAGCAGCCUCAGGAUCGUCCUAAAGUUCGAAGAUGUCUCCAUUGAGGGAGUGGACUGUGAGACAGACUAUUUGAAGGUCAUAAAGGAGAACCAUGGGACGACUUUUGUGUACUGGCAGUAUUGCGGCGAGCCGAAAUCUCACCCCAGAGUGACCAGCCAGCCUCUUUACACAGACGCCAGCGAGCUCACGGUGAGCUUCCGCUCCAGCCGUCACUCCUCAGGCAGAGGCUUCCGGCUUUCCUACAGCACUGUCAACCACACAGAGCUGCUGACGUGCACAGACAAAGGCAGCCAUUUCUCCCUCUCCCACUACAGGAAGUUCUGUCCUGCCGGAUGUGGAGCUGCAGAGGGUGACGUGGCCGGAGACGUUUCUCAGGGCUACAGACACACGUCAGUUCUGUGUAAAGCCGCGGUCCACGCAGGAAUCUUUCCGGACCAGUUCGGGGGAGAGAUCACAGUGGAGGAGCAGCGUGGACUUCGUUACUACGAGUCGGUCCGAGCCAACGGCAUCCAGUCCAAAACCGGCUCUUUGUCUGAUACUCUCUUCACAUUUGUCACCAAUGACUGUCCCAAUCAGAUGUUACUUCAAACCGUGUCCGUCAAGUCCUCGUGGGAGAAGGACGUAUUCGAUGGGACUCGGAGCGAUCGGUCCCCAGGCCUCGUCCACUCCGUCUCCCCGACGGGAAUCUGGGACAACGAGCCUGACAGUAAACACUGGCUCCAGCUCGACCUGGGAGAGAAGAAGAGGAUAACAGGGAUUUUAACCAAGGGUUCAGAUUCCGGUUACUUUGUGGAGAGCUACAAGAUCUUGUACAAGGAGAAGAACCGCUGGCGCACGUACACACAGUCUGAUGGCUCUGAAGACAUGAUAUUUGAAGGGAACGUGGACCAUCUCUACCAGACACGCAACGCUUUCCGCCCCUCUUUUGUCGCACGUUACGUCCGUGUCGUCCCUCUGCGGUGGCACGGGGGGAACGGCGCUCCGAGCGCGGAGCUCCUGGGCUGCUCGUAUGUCAGAAGUGCUCCAGUAGUCAACGCGACGUCUCCGGACACGCAGGAGGUUUUGUCCAGCCGACCCGAACCGGAUGAAAGUGAAAUCCCGGAGCACCUGCCUCAGUUUGAUCUGGUGAAGCUGAUCAUCAUCGUGGUGUCGGUGGUGGUGUGUGUGGCCGUGGUACUGGUGUCUGGGAUCUGCGUUUUUAAAGCGCUGCAGAAGAAGAAGAACAAAGAGAACAUGUACGACUCUGCAGAUCUUCCACAAACAGGUUGCUGGAAGCAGGUGAAGCAUCCGUCCACCAGGCAGCAGUCCACCGAGUUCACCUUCAGCUACAGCUCGGAGAAAGACCACCUGCCCAAAAUCGACCUGGUCACCAGCGACAUGGCAGACUACCAGCAGCCGCUGAUGCUUGGCGUGGGGACGGUGUCUAGGAAAGGCUCCACCUUCAGGCCCAUGGACAAGGACAAUACUAACGAGGCCACGUCUCAUUAUGACUACCUGCACACGGCCAAUCAGUAUGCUCUCCCACUGACCAAUCAGGAGCCGGAGUAUGCCACACCCAUCAUCGAGCGCCACGCCUUCAGGAAGGACGUCUUCUUUCCGGAUCCCAGCUACAGUGUCCCUGGGGCCGUCCUCAGCAAGAGUUCUUCGUUUAAAGCCACAGACAAAAGCAACUACAGAAAGGUGGUGGGAGGAAAUGUGUCUGGGGGCUACCAGACACCCCACACCAAACGGGACGGACCAAACCACUCAGAGGGGGCCAAUCCUGGCAGAUCGGACCAGUCUGAGGGGGUUUACGACAGCCCUAAGGGCGGGAAUCCGGCAGUUCUGCAGAACGGAGGCUGUUCGGAGUAUCAGAGACCUCAGGCGAAAGGUUACACGGCACCUCUGGACUGCGUUCGGCUCGAUGUCUCCGUCCCACACCGGCCCGACCCUGAGGGCUGCAGCCUGAGUGGAACCUGAACACGGGUUAUCAUACAGACCUGCUUCAUGUGACCUCACGAAACAAAAGAACCUCCGGGAUCUUCUCAUAACUUAUUUUUAUACCAGAGAGUGAUACGGUUUUGUUUUUGUAUAUAUGUGCAGAGAAAGAUGGCCGUCUCGGUGAGCUUGAGGAAUCGUCAGUGCUGUGUGUGUGUGUGUGUGUGUGUGUGUGUGUGUGUGUGUGUGUGUGUGUGUGUGUGUGUGUGUGUGGUUUUUUUUGUUUGUUUGUUUUUAAACUGCUGUGCAAAAUGAAUAUUUUUUUCUUAAGAGUUUUAUUGGUUUUAUUUUUUUGUUUUUUUAGGAACAGGGUUGCUGAUGCUUUUGCCUGCCUCUCUCUCUCUCUCUCUCUCUCUCUCUCUCUCUCUCUCUCUCUCUCUCUCUCUCAACGAUGUGAAAAUGUGUGCAAGAUGUAAGGUAUAUAAGGCAUAUUGAAGAUGACCUCUAUGCAUUUGUGAUGCACUGUGAUCCUGCGUCUCCAUUUUCCAAGCUACUUAUGAGUAGCUUCAUAGGAGUUCUGGUGCAGGUCUGAUGCAGGUCUGGUGCAGGUCUGAUGCAGGUCUGGUGCAGGUCUGGUGUUUGGUGGGUGACGUAACUUUUUCUUUUUGUUUGUUUGAAUUGUCGAACUGCUCUUCUCGACCUUUGACUGACUGGCUUCCUGUUUCAAGGAGACACUUCCUCUGUUCCUCUGAGCCAUGCGCAGUGGUACUGUUGCGUCAGUGUGACAUUUUUAUCGCGUGUACAUAUUCCCUGUACAGAUCUGAAAUGUUUAUGGUGGAAAGAGGACGGAAAGACGGGCGUCACUUAUUUAAAGCACCCGCAAAGCUGCUGAGGUGCAUUAAUGCUCCUGCAUUAAAGAGACAUUAAAGA